GAGCCGGGAGGGGGGUCAGCCGCCUGGAUCCAGCGUUAUUGCGUUCGGCUUCCUAAGAGGGACCGGUGCCUGCCGCACCCCCCCUCCCCCCCAGCACCGGUGAUGCAUCCCCGCAGCACGCGCACGGACAACUCCCGCUCAGAGUCCCGCCGACUUUAGGAUGGUGCAGAAGCCUCUGAACGGGGGGGUGUACCCAGCUCAAGCCGAGGAGAAGAAGCACAAAGUGGGGUUCGUCGGCUUGGACCCGGGGGCUCCGGAAUCCAGCCGGGAUGGGGCGCUGCUCAUUGCGGGCUCGGAGAGCUCCAAGCGGGGCAGCAUCCUCGGCAGACCGAGGUCCAGCGUCUCCACCGGGAGACCCCGACCGUCGAAGAAAAACGCCAGCUACCGGAAGCUGCAGAAUUUCCUGUACAACGCGCUGGAGAGACCGCGCGGAUGGGCGUUCAUCUACCACGCUUAUGUCUUCCUCUUGGUCUUCUCCUGUCUCAUUCUCUCCGUUUUUGCCACCAUCCGAGAGUUUAAGGACAGUUCAGAGAACGCUCUGUACAUCCUGGAAAUCGUGACGAUUGUGGUGUUUGGGGUGGAGUACAUCGUCAGGAUCUGGGCUGCAGGCUGCUGCUGCCGUUACAGAGGAUGGAGAGGGAGGCUGAAAUUUGCCCGGAAACCCUUCUGUGUCAUAGACAUCAUGGUGUUGAUUGCUUCUGUGUCGGUGCUGGCCGCCGGAUCUCAGGGGAACGUUUUUGCCACCUCGGCCAUCAGAAGCCUGAGGUUCCUGCAGAUCCUGCGGAUGCUGCGCAUGGACCGCCGAGGAGGCACCUGGAAGUUACUGGGAUCUGUAGUUUAUGCCCACAGCAAGGAGCUCAUCACAGCCUGGUACAUUGGAUUCCUGUGCCUCAUUCUGGCUUCAUUCCUGGUCUAUUCUGUGGAAAAGGAAUCAAAUGAAGAGUUUGAGACUUAUGCUGAUGCUCUGUGGUGGGGGCUGAUCACGCUCACCACCAUCGGUUACGGCGAUAAAGUUCCCAAAACCUGGAAUGGGCGACUGUUGGGGGCCGCAUUCAGCAUGAUAGGCGUAGCGUUCUUUGCACUUCCUGCUGGGAUCUUAGGUUCUGGUUUUGCACUAAAGGUUCAAGAGCAGCACAGACAGAAACAUUUUGAAAAGAGGCGGAACCCUGCAGCAGGCUUCAUUCAGGCUGCUUGGAGGUUUUAUGCGACCAACCUCACACGCACAGACCUGCUGUGCACCUGGGAGUUUUACGAACAGACUGUGGCUUUACCUAUGUACAGAAUUAUUCCACCCCUGAAUCAGAUGGAUCUGCUGAGGAAUCUGAAGGGCAAGUCGUUCAGGAAGGAGUCUCAAACAGAAACCUCGCCCAGUUAUGAAAAUGCACACAAAGACAGACUUUGUGGGUGCUGCCCGAGAAACAUUAGUCGAAAGCCAAGUCUGAAGGAAAAGGUGUUUCCUAGUCCCUCUAAAGCCCCCAUGGGAAAAGGGGCAGAAGAUGGAGCUGAGGCGAGUCCCAGCAAGCCCUGGGGCUUCACAGACAAGAACCGAGGGCCAAAGCAUGCCUUCAGAGUCCGGAGCGGGACGGGUCGACAGAACUCUGAGGUCCUGAUUGAAAUGCAGAAUGAAGACUUUGGACUGAAGAGUUCUCCAGCAAUUGAAGGUUUAAUAAAGGCAAGCCUCCCCGGUGAGGAAAUUGGAGAUGACAAGAGUUGUAACUGUGAGUUUCUUGCUCAAGAGCUACCACCAGGACUGAAAGUUACCAUCAGAGCAAUCUGCGUCAUGAAGUUCCUGGUCUCAAAGAGGCGGUUCAAAGAGAGCUUACGACCUUAUGAUGUCAUGGACGUAAUCGAGCAGUACUCUGCAGGACAUCUGGAUAUGCUGUGUCGCAUUAAGAACCUGCAGUCCAGAGUUGACCAGAUAGUCGGUAAAUCACCCAAAGUGGACGGAGAGGUUGGAGAUGACCAAAGCAUGAUGGGACGGUUGGUCAAAGUGGAGAAGCAGGUGGUCUGUAUGGACAGGAAACUGGACUUCCUGGUGAACGUUUACGCACAGCGGAUGGGCAUUGCUCAUUCUGAAACAGAGGCCUUUUUUAACUCCAAAGAGCCGUACCCGGCCCCGCCUUACCAAAGCCUACUGGACAUAAAGGAGGAGAAAAAUGGCAAAGAGGAGGUGAAGGAGCUGGUGAAGGUGAAGACGUACUCCGCACCGGAUGUCCCGUGCUCUGAUGGGCCUUUGGAAAGGAACGAUCCUCUCCUUGGGCAGCCGGUGCCAAGAUCUGUGAGCACUCCAUCUGGCAGCAACAGCCGCCCCUCUACCUCCUGGAAGCACCAGCUGCAGCACCCCCUGAGCCAGCCUGCCUGGGGCAGCAGCAUGGCCAACACGCCCUCACCAGUUGGUCUCAGCGGGGAUCGUUCGCCCAACCCGUUCCGCCUCCCCCCUCCACCUGCGCCGUCGCAUGACUGGUCGUCCUCGGGUCACGGCGGCGGCAGCAGCAGGGACAACGCCUCCCGGAGCCGGAGGCGCCACAGGAGGCAGAGGUGUCAGCAGGAUGCUGCCUCCGCCGCCGCCGUGGAGAGUGACACGUCUCUCUCCAUCCCAUCUGUCGACCACGAGGAGCUGGAGCGCUCCUUCAGCGGGUUCAGCAUCUCUCAGGCCAAGGAGGACUUCUUUGGACCUCCUUACUUUACCGGCUCAGGAGGAGGUGGAGCGGCGGGGACGGAGGCCGGAACCGGGCAUUCGCUGUGCGCCAGGGUCAGACCGUUCAUAGCCGAGGGGGAAUCGGACACAGACUCCGACCUGUACGCUCCCUCCCCUCUGUCCUUCACUGGGGAGGUGCCAUGUGGCGAGAAGGGAUGGCCAGGACUGAAAUGAGCCUGAGGACUCAGACGGUGUGACUGACUGACAGAGCCAACCCGACCAGCAGACACUCCUGGUAAUGAGGGAGGGGGGGGGGGGGGGGGUGUUGGUUUCACUGGGAUGAUAAGAGCUUCUGCUGAAGAGGGUUCAACUCUGACCUCAAACAAGAGCGCUUCCUCCUUCAUUCUACACAUUUACAGUCAUUUACUUCCUUUGGUUUGUUUUCUUCUACACCUUAGGAUUCAUUUCAAUGUUUUCAGAUACUAUUCAGUCAUCAUUCAAAUAGAUCCUUAAGAUAAUUUGGAUAAUUAUUACUAUCUGUUAUGACCUCAUUAGAAAGCACUUUUUUUAUGAUGAUAACUUAAAGAAAACUGCAGAGAUUUCAUCCCAAGAUUGUCUGAGAGUCUGAAUCUUAUAACAAUUCAAUGGAUGGAUUUUUGCUGCACUGAUAAAGAUGAAUAGGUGAACGCUUGCUGUCCGAAUCAGUAACCGAGCCUGUUUGUUCCCGACCACAGCAAAUAACCCCAACCCACUGGUGACCGUCUUGCAUGGCAUGCUAAAAAGGUUGACUGUUAGACCAGUUAUGAGCAGACUAGAAACCAAACUUUAGCAAAAGCAAAAAUAAAUCUGCUGAAAAACAGAGUUUACUGAGAGAAAAGGUGAAACAGAAAAAUGCACGGCUGGUUUCAGGCUACACUGUUUUUGAUGUUUCUAUAGGAUUUUGCUUGAAUCAUGUAAAUGAUAUAUGAACUUGUAAGUCAAUUACUCUUCUUUUUGGGGCAGUUUUUGUGCAAUCUCAGCGUCUGCACAUGAACCACACUAGGGGCUGGAUCUGGCGCUGCAGCUAGUAGGUUUUGUAUCGUCAUCUCACGUCGGAUGGAGUCAAACUUGUUCAGAAACAACAGUAUGCGACGCGCUGGUCAGACUCCUCAAAGCUGUGACAGCCACGCAUUAAACGAGGAGCUGCGAGGAAAUGCAAGGCAGACAAUCCAGAAACGUCAUUUUUAACAUUUCAUAACAGCAAAAGUAGAUUUUCUAGAAACUGAGGGACAAAAGCAUUUUAGAUUAAAUUGAUUAACUUGAAUAUUUAAUAUAAAUGGACACAAUGUUGAGGCAAAGCUGUUAUGGUAAAGACUGUUCAAACCACAUUUGCUGAAAAAAGGUAAAACAAUAAAAAGAGACAAACUUUGCAGCAUGUUUUGUACAACAAGGCCUGAAAGAUUUUCCAUGACAUCAAAUCCGAGUUCAACACCAUGUAACCGCACCCUCAUCUUCUUUGACAAAUAAACUUUAUACAUUACUGAAAAUU